UCGUAAUGAUGUGGAAAGAAGUAACUCCAGUAUUGUGCAACAUGUACUGUGCAGAAAAGACUCUGAGGUGAAGAUCUUCCAACGGUGGAGGGAAACUGCAGAGCUAAAUUCAUCCUCAGCCUUGACAAUCUUGACAUCAUUUGCAUGAAGAGUCAUGUGGUAUUUUUUCACACGCAGCAGAUAGCUUAAGUUUUUUCUGUUGACAGUUCUCUAGAUAAACUGGACAGAGCUGGUAAGGGAGAGAGAGAGAAAGAGAUGGAAAGAGUCGCAGAAGGUGUGGGGAGAGGGUGGUAGAUGUCAAAGAAAUGCUUGGUGCCUUAAUUCGGUGUUUAAAAAGCCUGCUUAUUAUUUGUUUUCUUGCUGCUGAUCUGAACUCUCACCAUGGUGGAAUACAAUGAAGGCAAGACUUGAAAAAUGUCAAGCAAUAGCAAGAUAUUCAUCAAGUCACCUGUUCAAAAGUCAUGGAAUAAUUGUUUCAUCAGAUCUCCCCAAGGCACCCAGUCACUUUUGGAUUCAUUGCGGCACAAAGCACAGAAGGAACUGGACAGAAUGGACUGCCAGCAGUAGGACACGCUACUGUGCUGGUUUUCCUCUCCAAACGCAACUGUUUCCUGCAGUUCCUUAUCUUAGGCCAUCACCACUUUCCACAAGUUCCUAAUGUCCUUGAGAAACCCACCACUGAGACGGCGUUCCCUGGGGUCUGUCUCCCCUAAACGUCUCUACAGGAACCUAUCCGUCAGGCUAAGGGGUGGGGAGUCUCUAAGCAGUGGAGAUUCUGAGCCACCUAGACACCCCAACAAGGCUGCUCCCGCCUACAAGAACCUAUGGGAGGCGGUGGAGAAUGAGGACACACUGGCCGUAAAGAGCCUGCUAUCCAAGGACAGGGAAUAUGAAAGAGGAAUGGGGAGAGGGGAGAGGAAGGGGAGUGAAUCAGAGGAGCAGGCGAGUGAAGUGAACAUGUUGAGCGAGGAGGGCCUGGUCCCGCUUGACGUGGCCAUUCUCACGCAGAAUUCUACACUGCUCCGUGUUCUCAUGAAGGCUGGAGGCAGACACAACCCCCACGUCAAUCAUCCUUCUGAGUGGGCAAAAAAGCUGGAUGCCUUGGUGGAUCUGGCAGGGGACCAAGUGCAGAAAUGGAGAGAGACAAUGCUGGAGAGGGCAGGGGCAGGGCCUGGGGUGGGGCUACAAUGGCAGGCUGAAGCCCAGAGGCAGCUACGCAUAUGGACAGUCCGCCGACAGCUCUACUACAGGAUGCGGGACAGCUUCCGUCGCACAGUUCUUCCAGGUCCUCCAAGCUCAGUGUCUUUGGUAGUGAGCAGCGCCAGCUCGCUGACUGUGUCUUUCAAAGAACCAACCAUUAACACCAUGGGCCUAGUCACUUGCUACAGAGUGGAGUGGAGUACCUCGCCUAGCUUCCAACCAAUUUGUGGAUCCGACUUGGUCUUGAACACCAAGAACCUGACUUACACCAUCACUGGUCUAGAAUCUGGGGUGCGCUACUGUGUCCGAGCGAGUGCUUACAAUGUGAAGGGAUGGGGUCCGGCUCAGGGUUCCAGGCCUGUCAGCAUUGCCCCCUCCAGCUGGAGCGAGUGCAGUGGCGUGAGGCUGCGGAACAGGAAUCAGGUAGCAGGAGUGAUGAGACUGCUGGAGCAGAUCAGAGAACCACAGUACAGGGGAUAUUGUGCAGAGAGCUCUAGACAGCAAGGACCCAGUAAGCGUGUUUCUUUUUCUCGCGGACUCAAGCACCUCUUCCACACAACAGUCAAGUUUGUCAGCCUUCUACAGAGGGGUGUGUACCUAGCAUCUGUGUUCUACCAUAAGGAGAAUAUCCUGUUAACUCCCAAUGAUCAGAUCCCUUUGGUUGAGAUCCAAAAUUGUUCAACUUCCAUCACUCAGGACUUCCAGUGGGUUGCAAAGUUGUCCUGUGCGUGGCAGCGGGUACCAGGUCUACAGCAAGCGCUCUCCUCCUCACUGUCAUCAUCCUCCUCCCUUCUCCAGAGUCGGCACAACAUCCUUCAGGCAGUGGAACACCUACAGUCCUCCCUUGGGACACUGGAUUUAGGGCAGUUGUACUAUGAGCCUCUGAAAGACAGACAAGGGAAUGUCCUGCUAGUGACCCUGAGGGAGUGCUCACCCCCCAUCCAGCCUGUAAAUCCUUUGCUUCGCUGGGCUCCUCUGUCCUGCCUGGAAAGGAGCAGGUGUGGGGCUAUCCUGCUGCCUGAACCCACAGUCAUGGAGGCUCUGACUGAGAAUCUCAAGGAGAAACUCUCCUAUCAUAGACGUAGUCUGCAGCAAGCUCAUGCUGGUCUCUAUGUGGGUAUACUGAAGCUGUGCAGCUCAGUGGAGCAGAUCCGAGUUCUGGUUCCACAGAAACUGCCCAACCUCUUGUGCCACACUAGGAUCCGGCAUAACCCUCACGUCACCCGGGAAGAAUGGGAGUGGCUGCACAACCUCAGUGCGAUUGACACCGGUGGGAGCACCUCAGCAGACCAGGAACCUAAUGGAACAGAGAGUGCUGGACCAAGGGAUUUUGCGAGGGCACUAAGAUCUGCCAUCACUCACCUGUUAACAAAGCUCAGCAUCCCCAUCCACAGGGCAUGUGAGUACCGUGUAUAUACACAAGAGCUGUUGCAAAUCAGGGAAGAUGUAUCUCUCCUGCUGCUACUCCCCCCCAGUGAAGACUUCAGUGCCAGUCCCAGAGUCGAAGAAGGAACAAGGGAUGCAGGCCUCACAGUGCCACUACAGAGCUUUGAGAUGGUGCAUUUCUGGGCCUAUGAGCGUGACUUCCUCUCCCACUACUGUCAAGCAUGGGUGCUGCUGGAACUAGAUGCCCUGCUUUCCCAGCAAGCGCUGCGGGAGGCUCUGGACAGCAAGGAGAUUAAGGAAGCAAAGGAACGCCUUGCUCAUGUCAGUCAGCUUUUACAGGCGCUUGAUGCAUUGUGGAGGGAGAUGCGUUGGAUCACAGAUGCUCUGCAAUGUGUCCGGUCCAAGCACAGCACUAGAGCAGCACCAUUGGCAGUGGUCAUGGGAGCAGAGUUGCCUAUGCAGUCAGUCAAUCAGCAGGAAAUUAAUGGGCAAAAGGCCGACAAAGGAGAUGGGAGUGUGAGCCCAAGGCCCUGCGCUUUGCCUACUUGUGUGCAGAGAGCAGCACAAGCGAAAAUGGGCAUCUCUAAGUCGGGUGCCUUCAGCAGAACCCAAACUGCUGCUGGGUCAGCAGAUGGUGCUAGAGACACUCUGGAUGGCCAGAGAUGCUCCAGGGAAGAUCAAGAACUGGCCAGUGGUGGGGAGGGUCCCUUGGUGCAAUCAAGCACAGCCCCCAAGACUUACACAAGGUUCUCAUCCCAAAGCCUGGGGCAACCAGGAAACUGCAGUGAGCCACUUGGAGAUCUGUGCAUCCAUGGAACCCUGCCUGGUAUAAACACAGGCCUCUUCUCUCAGUUAGGGAAACAGGAUAGCAACAACAGUGACUUGACGUCUGGAAUAAGAGAUGCUUUUGAUGGGUUCAUCCUGGACACAAAUAAGGGUAACAUUUUUAACGGCUUUGGAGAAUCCAGAUUUAGGGACCACUAUCCUGACCUUCAAAAACAAAGAAACCAAUACCUUGAUCAGCACAGUCCAUCUACAAACCAAAUUGCUGGCAGUAAGGCUUCAAGAGACAGACCCAACCAAGGGCCAGUUCUGGAGUUUGACAAUAAUGGAUUCUGGGAGGAUUUUGAGAGAGCAACAGUGCAAACCAGCAGGAGCCAUGGUCUGCCAGCCAGGAGUCUGGUGGAGUGGGUGAGCUCUUCCUCAGAGCAGCCCUGAAAUGAGGUCUUUGAUGAACACAGUUACAGUAUAAUUGAAAUAUGGGUCAGUUGUACAAAGAAAGAAAGAAUAUUAUUGCAUCUGUGAUUAUCUAAAUGGAAUUUAAACACGAAGAACAAGAGUUUAAACAAGAAAAAGUGCACCUGACCAGCACUCCUGGAAAAUAUUACAUGUAGUCCAGUUGUAAGUCGUAUUUCUGUACAAAUGCAUGAAGUAAAUAUAAUUUCUCCUUUAUGACAGAACAGACCUUGUCACUGAAAAGAUUCAUGUAACUGAAUUGGUGUGAUGUGGAUGCAGAGUUGAGGAACUGAGGUUUUGGGCCUAAUUUUACCCCGAUUUUUAUCUGCUUCUGCUGGAAGUGCUCUUCACUGGAUCUUUUUUAUUCAGGAUACAUACUUUUCUUGAAGUGUAUGCCUAUGCCUAUUAUAUUAUGAGUGCAUAAUAUUGUAUACGCUUCAAAAUUCAUGUACUCUGUAAUACUUCUUGUGGCAAAAUUUUGUUCUUUUAACAUCUAGCUCUUGUUAUGGGGCUGGGGUAUUUAAGUUAGCCAUCUAAGCACCUAAAAAUAUAUACACAAUCUAGUGAAUGAAUUUAGGAUGUAAACUGAAUGUUAAAUUAUGUAUUAAAAUAAUGUAUUAUUAAAUAUUUAUUCACAGGUACAAACAGAUUAUCCGUGAUGUUAUGUGCGAAAACCUCUAUGCAAACUGCUGGUAUCCAAACCUUAUUCACUGCAAUAAAUUAUUGCUUAAAUAGAAAACUAAU